AAGACAUCUUUACAUUUUGGACUCUUUUGCGCACUUGAUUUUUUAAUUAAUGAAGAAAAAAAUAAAAAAGGAAAGAUCAAUGAUUAGGUUUGAAUUGCAAAACAGAGUCCAGUUCUGAUCGGGUUGCAGUGGAUACUAGUUAGGGGCUUCACGGGACCGGUUACGGCUAGCGAGAAACACGACUCGAAAGCAAUGUCCAGCCGAUUUUGCGCACAUGCUUUAACGUCGAAAGAGGAGCUCACGAGAAGAGAACUUGCUCACUCAACCUCCACACAACUAAUCCGUAUUAUUAAAUACUAAUCAUCUUUCUUAAUUAACUACUUAACCUUCUGUAUAGGCUGUCUCCCUCAGACCAUAUGGUAUCGUUGACUUUCUAUUUCCCUUGAUCUUGUCAUUUUUCAUCUUGCUCUGUUUUGGGUGGCUCUGAAGUUUCAAGAUCAGAGUAGAAGACCAGUGUUAGUGUUAUUCAAUAUGUUUGAAAAUAAGGAUGUGUUUCCUGGAUUUGUGGUCUGGAUUAAUCAGACUAUUCGAGAGCCUCUUAAGGCUGAGUUCAAGAGAUUAAGGAAUGUCAAAGAGCAAAACUUGGUUAAGAGUCUCAAGGCAGAGAAAGAGACUACUCAUGAUAACCAUAGAUAUGAGAAGUUAGAGAAGCAAUUACAAGCUUGGAGAACUAAUCCUUCAUGGAUUGAUCAACCUCCGAAGGUUCAGGUGAAAACACAAAACGGUUCUUUUUGUCAUUUGAAUAUAGAAGUUAACGUGGGACUGCCUCCUGAAUCAGUCUACAACAUUUUCACGCAUCCAGACAACAAAAGAUACUUCAAGAACAUCAAGGAAUGCAUAUCAAGAAAAGUUUUGAUGGAGGAAGGACCAAUGCAAACCGUCGAGGUGAAGCAAGCUGCGGCCUGGAAGUUCCUUUGGUGGUCUGGUACUUUUCCUGUACAUCUAAUUGUUCAAGAAAACCGAAAAAAUCUUACCUCAAAAUAUAAGCAAGAGAAAACAAUGUUCAUGAAAGUAUUUGAGGGUUGUUGGAGAGUAGAGCCAUUGUUUAUAGACGGACAUUUGUGUGACCGCAUGAAACCAAAAACUCGAGAAGAAUAUGAUACUUGCAGCAACGGACGAGGAAGGAUAGGGUCGAAGGUGACAAUGGAUCAGAUGUUUCAGCCUUCUGCUAUACUUACUCCACCUCCACUUUCUUGGUACAUUCGCGGGAUUACUAUUAAAACCACAGAGAGUAUGAUUGAGGAUCUCCUCGCGGAAGCUGCUAGGAUCCGAGGAGGAGGAGGAGGAGGAGGACAAGAUGAUGAUAAAGGAGAAAACGGCGUUGUAUUGGAGAAGAGCAAAGAUGAGUACAUAAAGGAGAGAUGGAGAUCACGUAGGAGAAGUAACGGGAUGAGAUAUACGAAUCGGUGAAUGAUGUAAUUAAUGUGAUUGUGAUUUUAAACUUUAUUGAUGGUUAUAAACUAUUUACUCAUGACUCUGUGAUUAAUGCUUAAAUCCGGGUUAUGGUUCCAAAACUAA